AUGUUAGGAUUCUUAUGGGGCGUCUUUUUUGGCGCAGUUUUAAUGCUUUUUGUCAUUUAUAUAUUGCUAUUCAAUCCUUUCGGUGAAAUCUCUUCACACGCCAUAAUAAUUGACCGAUUUCAGCCACUUCGCCUUCCUGAGGAACUGAGACAGUUCCUGAAGGAAGGGAAUGAUGAAAGCCGAGUUUCUGAGUGGGAAUCAUGCUUCAAUCUGAGUCUUAUUCUUCAUUUUCUAUUCCAAGAACACAGGGAUACUCGUCGAUUACGAAGGUGGAUCCACAGAAAGCUUCAGUUGGAGCUUAAUGAUCUAACCAUUCGAAAUACUGCUGGUCGUCUCAUACAGGAUAUUCGUAUUAGGAAUCUAUCGAUUGGCUGCAGAUCCCCAGUGAUCAAAUCAUUACGUGUGGAAGACUAUGAACUGUCGCAAGAUGAAAAUUUCAAACGGGGUUUUCAAAGUUCUGUUGAUGUUAGUAUGCUGUUUGGCCGAUUUGCGCAACUGUCAAUCAAGCUCACUCGUCUUUCUGGAAAAAUCAGGUUGAAACUGACUCGUGAGCCUUUUACUCAUUGGGUCUUUGCAUUUGUUGAUAUGCCAACGCUGGAAUUCCAAAUUGACUCACAGUGGCAAGACAAGCAAGUAAAACAUCUCAUACCUUUCAUCACACAGAAAUUUAGACGUAUGGUUCAACGCAAGCAUGUUUGGCCGAACUACAAGAUUCGAUAUCGUCCUCUAUUUCCUAAUCCCUUAUAUCAGCCUUCUCCAUCUACAUAUUCUUUUGAAUAUAUUAAAACAUCGGGUUUGUUAGAAGUUACGGUUUUACGAUGUACAAGACUGAACACCGCUUUAGUGAAUAACGGAAAUUCAGAGGUUUUCUGUGUUGUAUCUAUAGAUCAUCGACCGCUAAUGGAAGAUGCAAGCAAAAAUUCAACGCGAUGCAUUACCGUAUUAUUAAAUUUUAAUCGGCACGGUACCAGUGAGUCGAUUGGGUUGACAUUUUCGAAAGUAAAUUCAUUCUAA